AUGGCGCUGUUGUGGAGCAACCAACCACCCCAAUCGCGGGUUCCGUAUGCGAUUCCUCAGCUAGAGGGAGAACGCAUCACCAUCCCCGGCAGCAAAGGCGUCUUUCGCAUACUCGCAUCAUCGAAGCAGACAAAUGGGCUGAUGGCAGUUUUCCAAAGCGGUGCUGUGCUCUCUGAUGCACCGGGUUUUCACUACCACAACCAUGCGCAUGAUGUGUUUCUUGUUACGAAGGGAUAUUUGAAGCUGUGGAAUGGGGAUAAAUGUCGGAUUAUGGGGCCGGGGGAUUUUUCUUAUGUGCCUCCGACGGUGAUUCAUAAUCCAGAGAUGCUUGGUCCGCACACGGAGAUCUUUGGUUUGAUUACUCCGGGCGAUUGGGUAAACUUCUUUCGCUACGUGUCAGAGCCAUUUGAGGGGCUUCUUGUUCCUGAGAACGAUGACCGGGACUUGAAGUCUCUGUUGAUUCCUAAGGUCAUGGCUGCGAAGGAACAGUUCGAUGUCGUUUUCCAGCCUGACUACCAACCAUCCGAGGUGGGCGAUUGGACAGAAGAUGAUGAGAAACUACCAGAUGGUCCGCAAGCGUUCUAUCUGCGAGCCAAUACUGGGCCACGAUGGAUGUUUGGGGGUAUCAUGUCUCGCCCGUUUGUCACUACUGCUCAGAGCAGUGGUGUCUGCGCGAUUUCGAGCAUUGAGUCGUCACAAGUCUAUGGUUCGACGCUGUUUUCAAAGUAUAUGACGUUCCGAACGGUGGAUCAUUGUUUGUGUGUCCAGGAGGGGACAUUGCUUGUCCGUCUCAAGGGAGCCCCUGAUGCUGUGUUCCGGGAGGGCGAGACAGUUGUGAUUCCAGCAGGCCAGGCAUUCGCCCUAGACUUUGCCAGUCGAUACGCCCGCAUCUGGUCAUUCACCGAUGGGAAUGGCAUCGAGGCACUGGUCCACCGUUUGGGAACGCCAUUCACGGGCGUUAUUUUACCCGAUCAAGCACCGGCAUGGGAUUCGGCAAAUGUAGAGUCCGCGACAGCAGGUCUCGACAUCACAAUCGAGCUCUAUGUUUCCGAUUUGGAGAAACGGGUAGAAGAGCUGUCGUCCAAGCUGCGGACGCUGGAAUCGAGUGGUGCGUCGCCACAACCUCCCCGGUUAGCAAAAGCUCUGGGAAGCAGACCAGCAGCACAGCCAAUUACUACCGCAACACCAUGUUCAUUAUCACAACAUGAAUCAACUCCAAAGGACGACGCCACCGUGUCCGGGGACAAUCGAGAUGGGUCUGCAGAUAGCACAGAAGAAGAGAUCAGCGAGUUCAACCACCACACCAACAGGAUCGAGUUUCACGGAAGCACGUCUUCAGCUGCUUUUAUAGGACACCUUGAGAAGGCGCGAGAGCCGAAACGACCAGAAGAGCAGUCCAAUCUGCGUCCACCGGACGGGUCAUAUUCUUUGAUCUCGACAUUACACAAUUCCAGUUUCUCACCAUCAUGCACAACCGGACCUGUGAAGCCCCAGUUUUUCCAAGAUCAGAAUUUCUAUUUCGACCAGGCCUAUGCUUUUAUGAAUGGCUAUUUUGAGAAUAUCCAUUUCAUCCACCCGUUCAUCGACAAGGAUGACUUUAUGGCUCGCGCGCAUGAUCUAUGGUUUAAUAAGAAUCAUCAGCAAUCACUCAGCUUUAUCGCGCUAUAUCUUAGCGUUCUCUCGUUUGGGGCGUUGGUCCGAGUGUGGGAUAAAGAGAUUUUGAACGGACUGACGCGCUUUGACUGGAGCCGGAAGUUGUUCCGCGAGGCGCAGAUGUAUCUGAACUAUUUGCAGUUUUCGAAUGAUUUGGAGACGGUGCAGUGUCUUUAUCUUAUGGCGAAAGUAUGCCAGAAUGAGCUGAAUCCAAAUUUGGCGUAUAUGUAUCUUGGACUUGCCAUACGGACGUGUUUAUCUGCUGGGUUUAAUCGAGAAGUGCGGAAUCCAAAGGAUCAACGGGAAAGUUGGAUCUCGAAGACGUGGUGGGGUCUCUUCUCUCUGGAGAUAGAAAUGAGCUUCUCUGUAGGCCGCCCAGAUACUCUCGGUAUGGACGAAUACCACAACCGCUCUCUCCCUGAACGCGAUGAUUCCGAAUACGCCAUCAUACCAUGGAUGGUAGACUUCGCGCAGAUCAUACGGAAAGUAUCCGUGCAAAUAUACCAUUCGCGCUUCACCUUACAAGACAAACUACAGCUUGCUCUUCAGAUCGAACAAGAAAUGGACAGAUGGGUAGCUAGACUGCCCCAUAGAAUCAAGCCUGGCCUCCAAGGGCAACCGGUGUCUGGAGGUGCGCUUCGUGAUCCGAAGUGGGCGAGAAGGCAGAGAUUGGUUUUGGGGAUUCGAUACUACAAUGUUAAAAUGCUACUCUUCCGCCCAUUCCUGAGCCACUUUACACGCAAAUUAAGACACACCCCAGCCGAACUAGAACAAACAAUAAACAAAUGCCUAGACGCCGCCAUGAAAACCAUCGAAGUCAUCCACGACAUCUACCGCAUCCACACAUUCUUCCGCUGCUGGUGGUACAACACAACCUAUGUAAUGUUCGCCACAACAACCCUCCUCCUCCCCAUGUCCAAACUAGGCAUGUGCCCACAAACCCUCCCCUUAGCAAGUUCAGUCGAAAUGGCCGUGGAGAUCCUAGAAGCAAUGGAUGAAUCCGUCGUGGCGCGGAAAUCAGUCGAGAUCAUCGUGCAGUAUUUGAAGGAUUUCAGGGCACCGAAUAAUAGUACCAAUGGUACACAGGUUGCUACUACGCCGUCUCAGGGGGAUGCUGACCCGGCGGCUUCUGUGUGGGCGGGAACGGGGACGGAACAGGGGACUGGUCAGGCGGGAAUUGGGAUUGAUAUUCCGGAAUGGGCGUACGGGUUCGGGUUUCCUGAUUAUUCGUUUGAUGGGAUUGCACGGUUUUUUGAUGAUCUAGGUGGUCUUCCUAUGUUGGAUAACUGAUUCAAUUGUAUUAUUCAGUGUACAUAUUUCACCAUGAUAUUCCCAGACUGGCGUUUUUCUCGCGAAGUGGACAUGUUUAAUAGAGAACUAACUACGGAUCACCGGCGCAAAAUGUCAAUAUCAAAUGUGC